AUGGCGUUUCGUAUGGCCUCGCGGCGCCUGCCGCUCGCGAAGCGACUCAUCCCCGGACUUGAGUCACCGCUCCAUCGCGGAUUUGCUUCGACUGCGUCCAACGCUCAAACCAAGAAAACUGCCUCUGUUCCAAACCCCGAUCCGGCCACCGAUUCGGCCACAAUGGCCUUCGUUCAAGACCGCGCACCCUACAUGGUCCCCACCUACGUGCGACCUGCGCCGAUGAUGGUGAAGGGACAAGGCUGUUAUUUGUGGGAUAUGGAGAACAGGCGGUAUUUGGAUAUGACUGCUGGUAUCGCUGUGAACUCCCUGGGACACUGCGAUCCCGAGAUUUCCAAGAUCAUUGCCGAGCAGGCCGAAACCCUAAUCCACGCCUCGAACCUCUACCACAAUGCUUGGACCGGUGCCCUUAGCAAGCUGCUGAUCGAGACCACUCGCGAGUCCGGCGCCAUGCGUGAUGCAUCCCAGGUCUUCAUCGCCAACUCCGGAACUGAGGCCAACGAGGCCGCCAUCAAGUUCGCCCGCAAGGUCGGUCGCUCUCGCGACCCCUCUGGCAACAAGCACGAGUUUGUUUCUUUCCACAAUUCCUUCCACGGCCGGACUAUGGGCGCCCUCUCCGCUACCCCCAACCCCAAAUACCAGACCCCUUUCUCUCCCAUGGUCCCCGGAUUCAAAUACGGAAACUACAAUGAUGUGGAGCAGCUGCAGAGUCUCAUCACGGAGAAGACCUGCGGUGUGAUUGUUGAGCCCAUCCAAGGUGAAGGUGGAGUUAACGUUGCGACUCCGGAAUUCCUUGUUGCCCUGCGCAAACGUUGCGACGAGGUCGGCGCUGUCCUGAUCUUUGACGAGAUUCAGUGCGGUCUCUCCCGUACUGGUACCCUCUGGGCUCACGCCCAUCCUUCUCUUGCCCCGGCAUCUGGCGAGGCCGCACACCCCGACAUCCUGACCACGGCGAAGGCCCUUGGUAACGGUGUCCCCAUCGGAGCCACCAUUGUCUCUGAAAAGGCGGUUACUCAGUUCAUCAAUCCCGGUGAUCACGGCACUACGUUUGGCGGCAACCCGUUGGUCUGCCGUGUCGCCCAUCACAUCGUUCAGCGCCUUGCUUCGUCAGAGCUCCAGAACUCGGUUGAGAUCAAGUCGGCUCAACUUGUCUCGGGCCUCCAGGAACUGCAGAAGCAAUACCCCGGGGUUAUCUCCGAGAUUCGUGGUCGGGGUCUCAUCCUGGGUGCUCAGCUCUCCAAAGAAUUCACCCCCAAGAUGGGUGACCUGAUCACUGCGGCCCGUGAACGGGGACUGCUGAUCAUCUCUGCCGGCGACGGUUGUCUCCGGUUCGUUCCUCCUCUGACCAUAACUGAGGACCAAAUCAAGUCUGGUCUUAAGAUCCUCGAGCAAGCAUUCGAAGCUGUUGCUUAA